CCUGUUGUUUGCUGUCUCUGUUAUUAUGUAAGAAAAUCUGAAAAACUACAAUCACAAACAAAAACAUUUGUGUUGGACACUAAAACAACCCAAUAACAUUCAGACAUUGAUCAAACAGAGUGAGAGAAAAAAUAAACCCCCAAUUAGAACUGAGAGAACAAGUGAACAACUAAUAAAAAAAGAGAAGCUUUUGGUUUUUAAUGCUCUAUUUCUCUUUCUUUUCCUUCCUCUUUAGAAAGACUUUGAGUCUGCGUUUCUCACCCUCUCUCCUCUUCUUUCUUUUUUUUAAUCUUUUUCAAAAAUCGUGCUCUCUUUUGUUAGUUUUUCUUUUUCUUUUUUAACAGAAAGUGUUGGGAGAGAAGUGAGAAGCUAGGUUAUGGUGAAGCAGCAACAGCAGAAGAAUGAUGAUGUGGAGAUGUUGGUGAUGAUGAUGAUGAUGAAAUGGCCGUACUGAAAAUGGCUCAACAAAGCAAAAGUACCAACACCAACAAUGCCAACACUUCAACUCAUUUGCAACACCAACAACAAGUAAAGCCAACAAUGUUUCAUGAUUUCCUGGGCAUGAAAGCUACAGAUUCCCCUGUUGUUUUAGCCCCUAAGGCCACUGAUGCAAGGUUUUCAGAGGCUUCCGCUUCUGCUUCUGCCUCCGUUGGUGCCUCUUCUGGCGGUGGUGGUGCUGGCCGUGGCCCCAUCUCUUCCACCUCUGAUCUGGGUUCUGUAGAAAGACAGGUUGGAAAUCAUCUCGAUGGCAUUCCCUACUAUGGUCCAAGGAGUGAAAUAUCUGGGCCAGAGAUAAGCAACAUAUUGAUAGGAAGUAAGAGAGGUAAUUCUGAUUCGGCUUUUAUGGGUCAUGAAUCUCUUGAAAGCUUGCAUUUGAUGAAGGUAUUUGUGAUAUCUUAUCAUGUUUUACCUCUCUAUUCUCCAAAUCAAAGAGAAGCUCCAUUUGUUGUUAGUCAUUUAUAUUUACUAAAUAAUUUUCUUUAUAUUUGUACUCAGAUGCUUCGUAAUGGGGCUGUGGGAGAGCGACCCAGAAGGUCCAACGAGGAUGAAGUGGUCCUUGGUAUGCAGCCAAUGAGGCCUUCUUCUGUGUCUCUUAUGUUACAAUCUCCCACCGGUAGCAGACUUGAAGGCAAUUCUUCCAAAUGCGAGCGGUCUGUCCCUAUGAUAGGUUCUGCAGUUCAGUGUGCUUCACGUGGUGGUCACUUUGUACCUUUUGUGCAUCAAGUAUCUUCAAACAGGUUCAAGGAUACAAAUGUUGGUCCUUCUGUUAUCUCUCAGGCAGCUGCUGACGAAGGAUCUAGAACUGGAAUUAAAGGCCCUGGAAUUUUGAGCUCUAUUAAUGCUAGUAGUGUUCCCACUGAAAAACCCUCAUCUGGGGUAAUUCAAAGCGCAGGCAGGCUGAAGUCUGGGGCUCAUAUUUCAGAUCCAGAGUCUUCAGUUCCUACAAGUCGGCAAGGAUUAACAACCGCCGGCCGACAAAUGACUAUAUUUUAUGCUGGACAGGCUCAUGUCUUCGAUGAUGUACAUCCAAACAAGGCAGAUGUCAUAAUGGCAUUGGCUGGAUCCAAUGGAGGAUCUUGGUCGACAACCUUCUCUCCUAAAUCAGCUGUGAGGCCAGUUAGUGAAAAUUAUGUGCCCAGUGGAGAACCUGAAGCAGUGGGAAGCAUGGCAUUCUCACGGGAAUUUCGAGGGAGGAUAGCUGUUGCUGGUAAUACUAGUCAAGGAACUGGUUCUGGUGAACGAAUCUCAAUACAAACAGGGCUUCCUCAAGGCACUGUUUUUAUCGCGAAAGAUGCAAGAAAUCCAGCCCAAGCAGCGGAACCUAGUGCCAUACAUAAAAGAAAGGUACAGAGUUAUGGGAGUUCGAAAUAGCUUCAAAUCUUUUAGCCUGGCUUAUUAGGAAAGAACGAGCCGUUCUUAUCUGUCAUCAAUGCUUCAACCAUAUUUUUUAACAAGAGAAGGUGGGUGGCUUGGGGGGAAGAUGGGGAGAGUAACUUUCUUGUUUAUAGAGGAGACAACUAGAUUAUCAAUUAACCAUCAGGUGCAGAUCCUUUUAAUCUUCUCAUGUGCUCUUAAUCUGCCUUUGUUAAUCUUUAAUCUUAUACGUAAUAUGCUAUUAGCUGAUUUAGUCUCUUUCAACUUCUAAUUUUGGUUGUUCUCAACAUCUGAAAUUCCGAGUAAUUUUUUUUCAUUCGGGGUAAGAGAUUCGAAACUUAUUCUUUGAACAAAAGAUAUAUGCACGAUCAUUGAAUUAAAUGUUCUGAUGCAAAAAGAAUAAUUAACAAAAUAUGCUACAAGAUUUUCUUCAAUCAUAAUCUUUAUGUGAAGUUUGUCUAAAUCUGAUCUGAAUUGGGCUUUAUCUUAAUGGGCCGAUCAAAUCAUAGAUUUUGUUCUUUUUGUAUAUAUGUUUCAAUUCUGAAGUUCCAAUGCUCAUGUGUCUUCUUUGUGAUCUUAGGAUUAGUGGUCCAAUUCUUUGAAAUUGGAAGUUUGUUCAAGUCAAAAGAAAAGGAUUGUUCAGGAAAAACAAGAGUCCCAUUUCCAAUUUCUAAGUGAACAUUUCUAAAACGAUUUUUUUAACACGUGGCCUAAUUGUGAUUGUAGUGAUUUUAUGGUCAUAGAUGUAAUGAGUUCAAAAUCUAUAAUUCGUUUUGACCCAAAAUCUUAUUUGUCUUUUGCGUAAAGCUUUUAAUUGUCAAUGGAGCAACACAUUUGGAAUGAAGUUAGGAAAAAGAAAAUAAAAAAAAAUUCCCAAUGCUUCAAAUUUCUUCAACUUUUCUAAACUUCCACGGCACUCUCACCCCACCAAAAUUCCAGGCUGAGAAAUUGGUUAAUCUUGAAAUUCCUCUCAGAGAAAAUUCCACCUUUUGAAAAUCAACUUGGGUUUUUCUCUUUCUUCAUGAUUUGUUACUUGACUUCAAAAAGAAUAAAAAAAAAAAAACUUUUUAGAUGUAUAUAUCUCUAUGAAACCAAAACCACCAGUCAGACAAAAAAAAUUUUGCAUGCCUUUUUUUUUUUUGGAGCCUAGUGGAGUUGCAAUCGGAGAUCAAAUUCUUACACUGUACAAGUUUUGUUCAAGUCAAGAACUGUGACAAAUAGGCUGCCUUUGGCGUGACCAAAAGAUUUCCCCACUGUUUAGCCAAACUCCUUCCAUUCCAUGUGACUGGCCAUGUUUAGGGGUCGGUGGAUGGAGAGCAGCUACUGAUUGAGGGACAGUGAUCCUGUUGCCGAUGUCACCUCUGUAAUUAGAGAUCCAGCCAAUUUGUCCACCCAAGCAAAUUUCUUGGUUUUAUUCUAUUGCCAAAUGCUCAACCCCAAGAUGCCAAAGAUGAUCAGAAAUGUGAAUCCAUGUGCCAAUCAAUGAACAUAAACGGGAUCAAUGGAUUAUGAUUGUCAUCACAUUGUAGUUUUGAAUCUGUCCCAUUCAACCUUCAUGUAAAUCACACAGUCAUACAUGUGCACCUUGUUAAAUGUGUUUUCUUAUUCCAUGAUUCUAAUUGUGAAAAAAAAAAAAGGAAAAAAAAAUCUCAUUUCAACAUUGUAAUUA